ACCCAAAUAAGACUUAAUUGUAUAUGUAUGUGUAUAUGUAUGAAUGUAUGUAUGUAUGUAUGUAUUUAUAUGAGUGUGUGUACUCUUCCAAAGAUAGUAUUGUUACAUUAUUAUUUCGGGGCUACUCCUACGUUGCUCCAUCAAUUCUCUUCACUGACAAUGUCAUCAGCGACAGCAGCAGCCUUUUCAAGAUGUCACCAGACAGAAGACCUUCCACAACCAACCUAUUAUUGGCUUGUAGCUUUAAGGACUCGCCAUUUUUCCAAAAAUACGAACUGAAUCUCCGAGAUAAUGUACUCGGAGACGGCAGCUUCAGUGUCUGUCGGGAAUGUGUACAAAAGUCCAGCGGGCAACAACACUUUCCUGUGGAGAUAGUGUCAAGAAGACUAGACUGCCAACAAGAAAUCAAUUUACUCUGGGCUUGCCAAGGACAUUCCAACAUUGUCAACAACAUCCAUGAAGUUUUCCAUGAUGAGGCACACACCUACAUUGUGAUGCAGCUCCUUGGAGGUGGAGAGCCGCUGCCUCAGAGGAUCAGGAAACACGAGAGGUUCACAGAGGCUCGCCGGGCUUCGGUCGUCGUGAGGAACCUGUUGCCAGCAGUUCACCACGUGCACAGGAAAAGCACCAGUGUUCACGGAGACCUAAAGCCAGACAGGGGUGAAAAGGGUUGGUGUUGAGGAUAGACAGAAAAGAAAAGAAAGGAAAGGUAAAAAAAGGAAUUUUUUUUGCAUUGAUUUUCCAUCUGCUUAUUUUGAAGAAUUUAUUGCAUGGAAUAUUAUUGAUCUCCAUCAUUUGUAUGGCCUCUAUAAUAAAAAGUAUGAAUUUA